CAGGUGCCUGAGUGCCCCGUACCAAGUGGUGAGAAGGGACAGCUCGCAGCCACCACCUGAGAGAAGCCAAAGCAGUUCUGGGGGUUUGUUCACAACUCAACCCAACCUAGGAAUGACCAGCCUCCAGCAUACAAAGCAUAUGGGUAUUUCUCCUCUGGAAAUAAAAAAAUCCCCCACACCAGUGCUCUCCCACUCUGACCACGUCCCUGCAGGCUCUGGAUCUGGCAAUUUCGCCCCCAAGGAUCCUCUUCCUUCACAAGUGGAGCCUGUCUCCAGGGCGGUCUCACCUCCAGCAACAGCUCUGGGUUUGGAUCCUGUCAGGAGAAGGGCAGGCACCACACCACCCAGCCCUGGAGGACAGGAGGUGUUCUCCCCAUUACCACCUCGCCAUCCAUCAGCAGUCCCCGCGCUGGGUGCAGAGGUGUCCCCUGGCCCCCUUGGCCUUGGGAUGAACAAACGGGUGUUGGAAGAGCGUGUCCUGCGAGAAGAAACCCUAGCUCCUGCAGGCUUGCCAGCCAGGGGUCCCUCUGUAGCCUCCAUCCCCAGCCUGAGGCCUGUCACAGCCCCUCCUUGUCCCCAGCACCAGAAAACUGCAGAAGGCCUCCAAGCGGGUGCAGGUGAGCAGAGAAAUGCCUCCCUGAGACAUCGUCACUCCAGUCCUCCUGUGACCCCGCGGGGACAAACAGUGCUGCGAGGCCAGGAGCUGCAGCAGCCCUAUGGUGAUCCCAUGUCCAGGAAGACAUGGAUGCCAGGAGGACAGCAACAUGCUGAGCUGGGGCUGCCCUGGGCGACAGAGUACUUCCCUGCCAGGAGCUGCCAUGUCAUCUUUCAGGGUGGGUUUGGGACGUUCUACCUCCCCCCGCAUGGUGACAUUAAAGCCAACAUCUGGUGCAACUGGACCAUCUGGGCAGGCCCCCAGAAGCACGUUGUCAUCUACAUCCAGGGGUUUCAGGGGAGCGAAGGCUGCGGUAAGAAUCAGGACAAGAUGAUUUUCCAGGGGGUCCUCUCAAGCGUGGAAACCAAAGUUGUGUACGCCUGUCACAACCAAGGUACUCUGAUCUUCGCUACGCGAGCCACCGUGGUCCACGUGUUAUUUCUGUCAGGGGGUGGCUCCCUAAGCAGUGAAUACAAACAUUUUAAGGGACAGUAUUAUGUAUUUGGAGACUAUGAAGCUACAAAUGAGAUGAUAGCUCCUGGAGAGCCUGUCCAGGAGAGCUGGAGGACAGCAGUAACAAAAGGCUUCCUGCCCAUGCUGAGAGCUUCUCCAAGCCCAUCAGCUAUGCCUCCUGCAGACAGGAUCAAGCCUGAGUUGACGAGCUCAGAUGAAGAAGACCAACACAUUCCUGGUCUGGCAGAAGAUGACCAGCCCAGUGCUAGCCUGGGCAAGCACAGUGAGAUGCAGGAUGAAACCAAGAUGGAAAGGAGCCUUCAGGAUGGUGGCACUGAGGGGGAAGAAUCCAAUGAUGUGUUGGUGGCUCCAGCCAGAGGCGAUGCUGGGUGUGAAGCUGAGCAACCAUCCUUGGAGGCUGCGAAGGGGGAUGUAGGGCUGGUAUCUGCUCCAGUCACAGUAGCCCCACAUAGCUCACCUGGUGUCCCAUUUUCAGAGGUGCCCAGCAGCACUGUAGGCCUCUCUGCUGAUUUCUCUAACCUGGGUGAGGCCAGUGGCCACCUGGAAGCAGAGGUGGUCACCACACAUCGCUUGCCAAUGCUGGAAAAGCCACCGCUAAACACAAGUACAGAACCUUCUCCUCUCUAUCCCUCUCCUGGUGUGACUGAUGGAGGUAUGGUGUCACCACAGGAAAGACAUGAAGACCUCUUUGAUCUGGCUUCUGUCCUGGCAUCUCUGGAGAAUGGUACAGCACUGCAAUCCCUGCACCAUCCAGGUGAUGUGCUGUUUGAAGUAACGACUGAAAUCAAGCACAAGGAGUGGAUCUCUCCUGGUGGAAGUGAGCUCAGAAAAGAUCUUAUCAAGUCCAUUAAGAACCACAUCCAGCAGAACCUGAAACUCUCUGCCAACAGAGUCAAUGAAAUAAAGUUAAAGGAAGUCAAAAGGACAAGCAAUGCCAGCCUGCUGCUCACCUUCUGGCUGCACCUGAAGCCCCAGGAGAGAAAUGUGUCCCUGCUCCUGCACUCCCAGCUGGAAGAGCUGCUCGGUGCCUCGGUGGGAGUGGAGAAGCUGCAGCUGGUCUCAUUGCUGGUGGAAGAUGUGAACGAGUGCAGCUCGGGAGUCAGCCUGUGUGGGGAGGAGGCAGAGUGCUUCAACGGUGUGGGCACCUACUUGUGCCGCUGCAAGAAGGGCUACGAGGACCGUUCUCCCGGGAAGUCUGGCACGCUGUGUGUCCGUGCUCCCACAUCAGGGAUGGGCUUCCUGCUCCGACAUGGCGACAUCCUGGUGGGGGCAGCCAUCAUGGCCUGCCUGGUGAUGCUGGUGGCUGCCGCAGCCCUGUGUGGGGCAAAAUGCUGGGGACAGUGCCCCAGGAGGGACCUGGGGCCUGAGGAGCCAGCAGAGAGGCCUGCGGCGGAACCAGUGAUGGAGCUGCGGGACCUGGAGGACUGCCUGCGCCUCGACCCCUUCCAGCUGAAGCUGCGGGCCAGGCCCCCCGAGUGGCUGUGGGGGGCCCGGGCCCACCCUGGGCAGGCUUACCACGUCUUCCUGGAGCAGUCCCCCCAGCUCUAGAGGGGGCCCAAAACCCUGCUGGCCACCAUCGCCUCUGC